UCGAUCCUCCCUAUGCCACUAUUGUCAUCUGCCUGGCCACUUCAUAAGGGAAUGUCCUUUUCGGAAUCACCCUAAUGGGGAGGAGAUGAUUGCCAACAUUCAAGGAGCCGUGGAUGACGACUCACAGUACCACAACAACAGUCUUCUCCCAGCACCUGGCGCCGCUUCUGCUUCGUCUCACGGAGCCAGCUCGUCUAGUACUUUGAACACUCUUGUCCCCUACCAGGCUCCUAUGAAUCGGAGGACUGGCUAUUCAGGAGGUGGACAUAACGGCGACAACAAUGGGGGCUAUCGUGGUUAUCAAGAGUUCAAUGGACAGCGUAAUCAGAGAUCGUGGGGCGGUGGCUUCCACAAUUAUGAUCGAGAUGCACGAUUCGACAAGAUCUAUGGCCUUUUAGAAGAGCAAGCCGAGGAACGCGAGCAGCAGAAGCAGGAGUUAGCCAAGCUCGAGUUGUUGGAGGUGGAGAAGAAAAGGUUACAAGCUGAGGAGGAGAAAAAUGCCCGAGAUCGUAAGGAGAAGGAACUGCAGGAGAGUAGACUCGGAAAAAUUGUGAAGACUAGCAUGAAUGUGGUUUGCGAAUCUGUUCUUGGGAAGAUGGUUGACAUCCCUGAUGAUGAUGAGCCGGAUGUCUGUAAGUUGAGACGGGAAUUGGAAGAGUUGAAGGUGCAAGAGUUGGAGAAAGUCUGUGCGGUGCUCGAGGAUAGGGGCGCCGAACGGAGCUCCUUGAAGGCUGAAAACUUAAACCUCAAGAAGGAUAUUCAAGGAAAGGAAGCAUCCGACAAGGAAGCGCAGAUGCUUACGGAACACAUGGUGCGGAUGGGGGCGCAACUGCUUACCAAGCCCCAAGGGACUAUACGCAGAUCCUCGGUUAGGAAGACCACGCCUCGCAACCUCAGACCUGUGCUCAAUGCGAUGCGCAUCAAUGACGAGCCUUCCGAUGGCGAUGGCGAUCCUAGAGAGCUAGCUAAAACCAAGGCUGUGGACGAUGAUGAACACAAUCUCGAACAAGAGCAGCUCCACCGGUUCCAAGAAGAAUGUCGCAAGGAUCACCGCCAAGCCAAGAAGGCGGACAUGCUCAAGCACUGCGAAGAAGAGGGCAUUACUUACACUAAGCUCGACCAGUCUCGAGCUGAUGUGGCCGAAAUCCGUGCCCGAAGGAAGUUUGCGGACUGGCUGAAGUCGCGCGGUAUUCGUGACAACGACGAAGAGGAUUAGGACCAGGAGUACGCCACUUCCACUGAAGACGUAAACAAUGAAUGAGAGUACGUCCU